GGUAGAACACAGAUCCAGCUGAAACAUUUUCAAGCCACCCCAUUCUAGCUGCCUUGAGAUGUUCCCACCCACAUCAGUGUAUUAUUAAAACAUUAUCAAAGCAGCAGAUGACAGAAUCCUGUCCUUCAGUCCCAAUCCAUAAUUCGUACAGACAAAUUCUGGGCACUGGAUAUCAGGGUUUCUACUGCCUUUAGGAAAUGAUUAAUCCCAGACUGCUGAUUAGCCUCCAGACCACAAGCUUGACAAACCGGAUGAGUCAGAGGAGGAGCAUUUCAUUUCAGGGUGGGUGUGGCCUGCUCAUUGAAACCAUUGACGGAAUGACAGUCAGGCUUCGGAUCAUCAGCUGAUUUUGUUCAAGAAGCUGUUUCUGUACAGAUACUGAGGAUUUUCCGUCCUUAAAUGUGCUAUGGAAAUACAGUUACUCAUACAUUUCUUAAAUGUCCACAAGAAGAAACUUGUACAGAGUCCGAAGGCUGCUAUUGCAGAACAUUUAGUUGCCAGUGCUUGAGUUCAAAGAACACAGGUUUGAGUGUGACUAUGGCUUCACUUUUCACUUUCCACCUUAUCGAUCUGUGUUUUGAAAGUACACUUAUUUUUUUUCCUGUGGGCAUCUUCUCUGUGAGUGGCCAAACAAUUUGGUCGUCGUAAGCCUUUCAGUUUUGUAAAGGAUUUGCUAAAAGUGCUUGGAAUAUUUGUCUGGAAAUGACUGAAGGAAAGCACACUAACAGAAGUGGAUUACUGUUCCAGGAAGUUAGAAACUCUCACUAUUUUAUCUGUUUGCGUGUCUUGAUCCUGGAUUACUUAACUGGAUUACACAUGAAACAGAGUAGCAAGUGAAAACACAUUCACCUGCACUCUCUCUCACAUGCGCUUGUCUACACACAAACACACACACACAGUCUUACUAGACCCUUCCACCUACACACCUCUACACACACACACACACACACACACACACACACACACACACACACACACACACACUUACAUUCACACUCUUUCCAAAUGCUGAUACAUUCCCUAGGACAGUCAGACUGGCACAGCCAUAUUAGUGUGUACCAAACGUUUGCUAGGGUUUGAAGAGCUUUGUACUUGCUGGGUACUACUGUUGUGAAGUUUGGCGGUCCCAGUUCUCUAGGAUACGUUUGUUCACAGUCUCAUUGGUUUUGCUGCCACCCUCUGCUUAUGAUUCACAGCCCUUUCCUGGUCCUCUAAUCCAUAUCAAAGAGCUGUGAUUCUCCAUCAGUGCAGAGUUCUGAACUGUUUCUUUUAUGGGAUUAACUUUUUUGGUGACAGCCUUGUAAAGUACAGUUCAGAUAAGAAUUGAGUUGCCUUUUUUGAAGUAGGAUUAUUCCACUGUAGGCCUACAUCUGAAGGAGUAGAGUAUUUUUCAUUGGCAGUAUGUCCUGGAAGAGAAACUAUUUUGCAAGUGGAAACAGCGGACUUCAAGGCAUGCUUGCUCCUCGAACCAUGACUUCUAUAGCAUCCAGCAAAGGGCUGAUCAACGAACCAGGGCAAAACAGCUGUUUCCUGAAUAGUGCACUACAGGUCUUAUGGCACCUGGAUAUCUUUCGCAGGAGCUUCAGACAGCUGACAACUCACAAGUGUAUGGGAGACUCUUGCAUCUUCUGCGCUCUCAAGGGAAUUUUUACUCAGUUUCAAUAUAGCAGUGAGAAGGCGCUACCAUCAGAUGCCCUCCGUAGUGCUCUUGCAAAGGCCUUCCAAGAUGAACAGCGAUUCCAGCUUGGUAUCAUGGAUGAUGCAGCUGAAUGCUUUGAGAAUAUCCUUCUGCGGAUUCAUUUCCACAUUGCAGAUGAGAGCAAGGAGGACAUUUGCACAACCCCCCACUGUAUUUCUCACCAGAAGUUUGCUAUGACCUUGUUUGAACAGUGUGUCUGUACAAGUUGUGGAGCUACAUCUGACCCUCUGCCAUUUAUCCAGAUGGUACAUUACAUCUCCACUACAGCACUCUGUAACCAGGCAAUCCAUAUGCUGGAGAGGCGAGAGAAGCCAACACCAGAUAUGUUUGGAGAACUUCUUCAGAAUGCUAGCACAAUAGGAGACCUCCGGAACUGCCCGAGCAAUUGUGGUGAGAAGAUUCGCAUCCGAAGGGUGUUACUGAAUGCCCCUGAAAUCAUCACCAUUGGGCUUGUAUGGGACUCGGACCACUCAGACCUUGUUGAAGAUGUUAUUCACAGUCUUGGCACCUGUCUGAAGUUGGGAGAUCUGUUCUACAGAGUAACGGAUGAUAAGGCUAAGUUGGCAGAGCUCUAUUUAGUGGGGGUGAUCUGCUACUAUGGGAAACACUAUAGCACCUUCUUCUUCCAGACCAAGAUUCGUAAAUGGAUGUACUUUGACGAUGCUCAUGUUAAGGAGAUUGGUCCAAAAUGGAAGGAUGUUGUGAUGAGAUGCAUCAAAGGCCAUUACCAGCCCUUAUUGCUGCUGUAUGCCAACCCAAGAGGGAAUCCUGUAUCUGUUAUGGACCGCUCCUCCCAUCUGGACCUCCAGCACUAUAACAGGACUUGUUAUGAUAGCGAAGAUUCAGGAAGAGAACCAUCCAUUUCUAGUGAUACACGAACUGAUUCAUCGACUGACAGUUACCACUACAAACACACACACUAUGAGUCUGUGGUCAGCCAUUUCUCUUCAGACUCUCAAGGCACAGUGAUCUGUGGUGUGGACAAUGACUCCACCUCACAGAGUAGCAGAGACACAGGGCAUCUUACAGAUAGUGAGUCAAAUCAUUACCAGGACACUAAAAAAGGAUCCCUGAGUGACCGAAAGAAGAAUGGCAGCCGUCCACGGCGAAUUGAAGAACGUAUUAAACCAGGAAAAGGAGAUGAAAUACCGGUCUCUGGGUAUCACAGUGAUGGAGAAACCCUGAAGGAGAAACAGGCACCAAGAGCUCCUCCCAAACCUCCUACCAGUCGCCUGAGGGAGUUCAGAGAUACCAUGAGCAACAUCAUAUAUAGCAGGCCCACACUGCUAGUCGAACUGCCUCGUAAACCCAGCCAAGGAAGACCAGGCAUUGAGGAUCAGAUGCAGAAUAGGCCCUCAGUGUUGCCUCGAGACUGGGAAGCUGAGAGCACCAGCAGUGAGUCCAAGUCAAGCUCUUCUGGUCGUUUCCGUCCAGUCUGGAGACCCAAGAGAGAGGUCUUGAAUAUUGACAGUAUCUUUAAAGAAAAGAGAAAGUAUUCUGGCUACACACAACUGAGUACAUCAUCAGAUGACACAGGCAAAGAAGACAGAGCAGAGUGCCAAAUAAAAGACUGUGCCCUUCAAGAAGUCACAGGAAGUGGGCGACAUGAGAAGUGUGUAAGCUCCAGUCGAGGGUUCCGUCCUCCUGCUGACAUCCAGGCACGCUUGAUUCAAAGAAUGGAGUCUGGGUAUGAAAGCAGUGAACGUAACAGCAACAGCCCUGUCAGUAUUGACAUACCUCUUUCAGAGGGUUCGCUAUCUCAUUCUUAUAGGGAGCUGAAUAUGAAGAAAACAGUUGGUGUAGGACCUGCAUGGAAGAAUAUGCCUAAAUCUCAAAGCAGUGGGACCCUGGAACUGGAAUCUACAUCUUCGCAAAGCUGGUUCAACCGCCAGCAUAGCUUUGGUGAUUGUGUUAGUCCUUCAACAAAAAGUGAGUUGGAUGAGCUUCAAGAAGAGGUGGCACGUAAGGCCAUAGAGCAAGAAAUGCGGAGGAAAAACGAGCAAGAGAAGGAGGCAGCUAUGGGCUUCAAUCCAUGGCCCAGCAAGUUUCUGGAUCUAGAUGAGCUGCAAAACCAGGGACGAAAUGACAGCUUUGAAAAACCUAUGCAGGAAGUAGACUCCAUACUAGAACAAUCUUCCCAGCUAGAACAGAAGGGGGAUAUGGCUUCAGCCCUCAGUCUCUGUAAUGAAGCAAUGUCUAAACUAAGACUUUCCAUGCAUGGUGCCAAAGCUAGUACUCACAACAGAGCCUGGGUUGAAAAGAAGCUACAUAUCUGUAUGAAAAAAGCUCGGAAUCUGCAAGAUCGCAUGCAACAAGGGAGCUCUUCCUCGCCACAAGGGGGAGCCUUCACCCAGAUGCAAAGUCAGCAGAUUAGCCCGAACAAAAUUCAGCUGAAAAAAGAAGAAGUUCUUAAACCGGUCAAUGAUCCGGAGACUGGACCUAAUUCAUUUGUAGUCUUUCCUACCUCCUGUCAUAGUCUGUCUCCAUCUUCACUCAGCCAGUGCCCAGUGCCAAAAUCCCCCCAGCCUUCAUUGUCUUCAUGUACUGACUAUCAGCUGCAGAAUCGUCAUGCCAUCAGCUUCCCAAACUUGCCCACCAGUCCCAGUAAGUGUGAGAAGGUGUUGAGUUACUCCCAUGAAAAUGAGGUGGAGCAUGCACGUUUCACACCUUAUGGAGAGAUAUGUAAUGCCCAGGUAGGAAGCAGGGAAGAUGAAAGCCAGGAUUCCAGCUUUGUUUGGCUUGACAAGGACUGUAAUGACCCUGCUGAUUCCACUUUGCAGCAGAAGUUGCAGAAAAAAAUCCACACUUCUGAAUCAUUGCCUACUUUGUCAGUCUACCUCAGAGAUGAGUAUUUUAAGCUUCUAGCUCCCACACCCCAUGUGUUAACUAAUGAUGAGGACCGAAAUGGAUGCCCUACAGAUAUUAUGUGCCUGAGCUCCUUGGAGCACUGCAGUGGUAAUCCAUAUGAGAGUCGCUAUGCUGCAGCAGAAACUACUGAGGCUUCAUCUUUACAGCCGUACAUCCCAAAUUCCAGCCAGUUGUCACUAUCACCAUCAACAUAUCCAAAAAGUAUAUUAGAUAGUACAGAUUCUUCCAUAUCUGAUUACUGCAGAAGUAAGGGUUUUACAUGGUCACAGGCUGAAGCUUCUCAAGGACACCACAAUACACCUGUAAGGACUAACAACAGUGAUGCAUUUCAUAAUACUGCAACUUUUCAUAUGGUACAGACACAAGAAUCUUAUCUGGAUUCCUCAACUUCAAGUCUUAAGGCAAUACCUUCCAAAAACACUGGGGAUAGAAACUGGUCUUCUAAGAGUGCACACUUGAGGUCAGCUACAUUAGACAAGGCAGAGGGAGCAGUCUCUCCAUCAAAGAGCCCUGCAAAGCCAGUUGUGUCCCAGCAGCUACGUCAGCAUUAUGAUCAGGGACAUAACACAGAAACAUUUGGUUCAUUGUGUCAGAACAGUGAAACUCUAACCAGUCAUGUGGCUUCUUUGCCAGUGGACCGCUGGGUGGAAAAUGUGACAAGAUACUAUCAUUCUCAGCCUAAGAGUAGAAUGACAGAAGGGCAUCCCCUCUCAGGAGAGAUGUCAGCAUCCCUCAGUGAUCACAGCUUACAGGACAAUUCAGAUAGAUUUCAGUUGCAGCACCAUCCACAGUGGAACCAGGACACUGAACAAGAGAUCUCUGAACUGGAGGUUCUCUAUCUGCAAAGUCUGCAAGCUUCAGGAAGCAGUAGACCACAAGUGGGAAAGCCAGCAGGCGGGCACAGUGCCAGACCAGUCCAUGGCAAGCCAGUUUCAGUAAGUAGCAUGAAUCACAGCACUUCAAGAGGGCAGUCUAAAACCCCAACUGCAGACAUUGAACGGGCUGCUUAUAGAUCCCUGAUCCAUGAGAAAGGCUUGGAGCACAGAACAAAGGUGGCUUGCGAACCCAGUAACUCUAAGACCGAGGAUGACAGGAUGUAUAGCGCUGACAACUUACGGCGAAUAGCACGCAACUUGAGUGGGACAGUUAUCAACAACAAAGAAGAAUGCGCUGUUUCAUCUAACACUUUUGAACAACCAUAUGGGAAGAAAAAGCAUGUGGGGCCCAGACAACAAAUCAAUACUUCUUCCUUUAACCCUCCUAAGUCAUCAUGUGCUCUUCUGCACAGCCCACCCUCACAAUAUAUCCAUCCCCGUGAUCCACAGCUUCCCAGCAUGGCAGAUGAAGCACAAAGCACAUCAGGAGCUGCAAAAACAGUUAGAACAUUUUUGGACACAGCUAGCAGGGAUGAAGCAAUCUACAAUGACAACUAUCGCAGUGUUGGACUGACUUAUGGCACCCUGCCCCGAACAAAGAAAAACUCCGCUGCUGUAGGAGCAAGACCAUCCACCAACAACUGUCCUCUGGAUAGCCAAGCUGGCAGGCAGAAUCAUGUUUCAGUGACUAAUACGUCUCGAGACCAAAGAGUGUCAGGGCUAGGCUGCCAAGCUGUAUGCAGCAACAAACUGCACAAGAGGCCAGUACUGCAGCAAGUGAAUAACCGGACAUUUGACGUGGCCCACUUUAUCAGCAAUAAACCAGUGCAGAAUGUAAGUUUCAGCAGUCCAAAAAUUCCUGCUUGGAAUUCUUGGAAUCAUACAACAAUCUCAGAUGGUCCAUCUCCAAAUCCCAAGGUCCAUAGUCCAAAGCGAAUGGAUGUACCUCCAGAUGUUGAAUGGAAUAAGUCAGUACCUGCAGCUUUAUCUCAUCCUUCUGCUUCCAACAGGCUUCCUUUGCAUGUUGUUCCAAAAAAUCUGUCAGAUUUUGUUGCCUGUGGGCCGAACAGUACAUUAAACACUGUAGUUAAGCUCACACCAGACACAUCCGCUUCUUCAAAGACGCACAGUAAGACCAAGGUUUGCUCACUUUGUCAGAAGGUGAGCAUAGACCCCAAUGUUACAUACUGUCGGAACUGCAGUUCUUAUAUGACACGCUUUAAGUCAAGGCAAUAAAUGUUAUUGUAGUUUUUGUUUUGCUUUCCACUUGUGAAAACUGCCAAAAAACACGUACAAGUGAAGAUGGAAAUGCAUUGACAGAUUUUGUAUUCCAGAAGUUGUAGCAGUUCAGGUGAUUCAUUCAGACUCUUUCUUCCCCUCACCUCCCAAAAAGUAUACAUACUUCUUGGAAAGUAAUUCUUGAGCAAUAAUGUGACAAAAAAAAUGUUGCCACGGACCUGUUUCAAGGAAACUAAGGAGUAGUGGUGAGGCAUGAAGUGAUCCUGCACAGAAUCUCUUCCCCCUCCUCUCUCAGUAUUGACUGGUACAACACAGCUGGGGUGAUCGUAGCCUUUCCUUUGUAGCAUUGUGUGUUACCCCAUCGCUGUGAAGCAUCUCAGGACACCUGUAUGUGAGCAAAUGCUGUAAGAAGUAUGCCAGCUGCUGCUGCUGUUCCUGUUGCAAAUUGAGAAUCUGGAGAUUGUUCUGUGUGUGUAUGUGCAGUUUGCAGAAAUCCUUCUUUAAGUAUUAAGCUGUGUUUCAGAAUGUUGGACUGUUUCUCUGAGCUCAUGUAGUAAGUACUGCGCUGCAGUCAUGCAUAAAACUAACUCAGUAUAUUAACUGUAGGUCAGCUUUUCACAGAGUUGGGUUUACAAGAACUAAUUCCAAUACUUAUUAAUCUCUUUCCCACUUAGGUCACAGAUUUUUUUUUAAUGUUCAUAUUUUUUUUGUUUGUUUUCAAUUGUGCUAAGAAAAUGAAGAUCAGUCUUGUACAAUUCCCCCUAAUUUAUUUUGAAGGAUGUUCUGUAUGCUGCUAGCUAUAUGUCACAUUGUAUCCCUUAGUAGAAAUGUUUAACUGUGUAGUAAGGUUACCAGCAUGCAGCUAGGUCAGAACAGGAGUAAUUGCUUAUUGUGAAAGUUAUAUACAUGUAUAGCAAUGCUCUUUCAUUUGCAAAAUGUCUAUGUGGCUAGUAACAGUUUUAGGCAGUUGAAGUGGAAAUGACCUGAUUUUACCGGAUUCCACAUUUAGAGUGAUACAGUGGGGUCUUGUGCCAAGAGAAUGUCAGACUUUGAUGUAUUUCUGUUUCUGGUUUACACAGUACUGCACAAUACUGUAGUUUUAAUUAUUAAGAUAACACCCUGUAACUGUGCUACAUUUUCAUACCUGUGCAGCAUCGCAUUACAUACAGUGAUGAGCUGUGAUACAGUUAACUAUGACUUAAAAUCUACAACUCUUGUUUUCCCUUCUAUCUCACUCCUUGUUUCCUCCAAUGUUACCUAUUUCACAUGUCAUAACCUACCAAUCUUCCCUUCCUUACUACCUGAUGACUGAUAAUGGUAAACUCCCAAACCUGUCUAGGCUGUUGUAGAUAUUGUAUGCUGUUAUUGCAGUUAAACAAAUGAUGUAACACUUUUAAGUUCUGUGAAAGAAGUAUUAUUACUACUAUCAUAUUUUAUUUCUCAUACCAGUGUACCUUGUUUAUCUAAUUGUAUUUUAGCAUGGAGCUUUUCUCCCCAGGACUCCUGUAAAAGGGCUAUUCAGCCCAAUCAGACAAUCCCAGUAAAUAACUAUUAAUGAAUGAAUGAAUGCACCCAGGUAGGAUUCUUAACACUAUGUCUUUGUUGAAGGGCAACGUUUUUGCUGAGAACAUUCUUUCAGUACCCUGCCCCAUCUCUGAAUGUCAUAUUUUAUGUUGGCAAAGCAUUUCUUGCCUCUUGACCCCCCCCCCCCACAUUCAAAUGGGCCAGCUCAGUAUAGCUAAAGUUUUUUGUAAUUAAAGACACAUUACCAGUGGCAGUCACUUUGACAAAGAAUAUUUCAGAACUUCAAAUAUUUUCUAUAUCUGCCUUAUUUGAUGUUUCAUACCAGUCCACAUCUUUUUCCAGAGGUGGCCAAGAAGACAGUUUUGAACUUAGUCAUUCGUCUGUGUAUUGUGUCCCUGUAUUCUAAUUCCAUUGAGCAUUUCUUUUGCUUUAUAGAUGCCCACACAUAGCUGAGAUAGAUUCAUGGUUUUACAGUAAGCAAUCAAUAAAGUAGACCAUUAAGAAAAUAGCCACUGCAUGUCCUCUUACUUCUUCCCUCUAUCAAUAAGGGUCAGUGUGUAUAGCCCAAAAGGGAGCUUUCUGAUCCACUUCCACUCAUCACAAUUUGUUUUAAGAAGGGAGAGGUAGUUUUUGACUUGGAGUAGGGACUUAUUCCAUAGGCAAUGGAUCCAUUGGAAAAGUUAUCUUUCCUGCCAAUAGGUUCUAUUUUAUAUUUAAUUGUAAAUUUAAGUCUUUGGAGUGGGUGUUGAUGGUAGUCCCUUUUUUGAAUAUGCAGUAGGUCAAUCAGGAUGAGGUUCUUCAUAGCCUUAAGGAAAAUGCAGAGGUCUCCACACAGAAGUCUAUAAGAAACAGAAAAGACUGAAAGUCACUAAAAUGUUCUUUAUUAUGAAUCAUAUUAGUUGUCUUAGUUAGGAUUCUUAAUAAUAGCUGAUACAUGGUGAUCAGCUGAGACCUCAUUGUCUAAGAAUGUGCGCAAGUCUUUGAUGACAGUAUCGACUUUUGGGGUGGGGUCAUAUCAGUGAAGCAAGUGCAGGGGGUGCUUUUGUUUUCGAAUGAAUGGUAUACUUUUUUUUUUGCACUGAACAUAAGACCAUGGUGUUGACACCAGGAAUUAGCAUGUUUAAGACCUUGCAGGAUAUGAAUAUCUGUUGGAGAGCUUGACAGCACCAAGUUUGCAGUCAUCAGCAAACUUUGUCAGUCACUGACUCAUGACAUUAGCCCAGAUGUCAGAGAAGUAUAUGCCAAAGAAAAGAGCACCAAGCAUUGAACCUUGUGGUGUGCUACUGCUGACAAGUCAUUUAGGGUAAAACAUGCCACCUACUUCAACUGCAUGGGUUCUAUCUGUGAAUCGGUUGACAAUCUGGUGAGUUAUAGUGGUUAAUAUUUAAUCGGGUAUGUUUAUUUAUGAGACCACAGUGUGGGACACUGUUAAAGGCCUUUGCCAGCUCUGCAUAGGUUGUCUGUAUUGACAAAUGAUUGUCCAGUGCACUAGUUAAUCUCUCAAACUUUACCAGAUUCAGAAGAUAGCAUCUUCCCUAAAUAAAGCCAUUUUGUUUGGGAUUAAGGACUGCAGGCUGCCUAUGUCAUUAAUUAUGAGUUUCCUUAUAAUACACUCCAUUAAAUGACAGAUACUGUUGAUAGGCUAAUGGGUCUGUAGUUCCGAGUCAGUCCAUCUUUGUGUAUUGGUACUACAGUGGCCGUCUUCCUUGACUCAGGCACAUAACUAGUAGAGAUGCUUAGGACAGAAAGGUUUACAAGGUUUACAAGCUGGUGAGCGAGGUUGUGCUUAGUACUGACCAUUGGACAACUUGGUAUGUAUUUGGCCCAAUAGAGUUAAUGUUUCUGGCUUUUAACAGAGUGUUUAGAACCAUUUCCAAAUUAAUUUUGGUAGUGGAAGAUAAGUGUGAGGUGGGGGAGAGUGGGAUGAAGUUCAUGAGUAUAUUAGCAAUUCCUUUCAAGUCUGAAAAGGCGGUACCAUAGAUCAGCUCUGUGUAGUGUUUAGCAUUAUUUUGGAGAUUCCUAGUUAAUUGGAGGAAGUUGUGAUAUUCAUUUCAUAUUUGGCUUUGCAGGAUUUGAUCUUAUAAUUGAGUUCUUUGUUUACCUUUUUGAGAUAAUCUUUAGAAAGAGGAGAAUUGUGUUUUUUUUCUUUGAGCUAGUAGUUAUUUUCUUUUGUUGUAAAGUUUUCCAAAAGUAGGGUUGCACUAUAGGGCUUAUCUUUUUAAAUUUGCCAUCAUACUUGUGGUUGUGACAGAUGCCUCAAUGCAGGAGUUCAUGUGGGAGUAAGUGUUGGUGGUAUAAGUGGAUACUUUAGCAAUCAGGUCCCCUGGAAGGAAAAACAUUUUUAAAUUUCAGUUGACCAUUUGAUACUGCUAUGAAAUAAGCCUUAAUGAAAAAAAAAAAGAUACAUGGUGCUCAUAUGAGAACUCAUUGUGUAGGAAUGUGCCUAAGUCUAGGAUAACCAUAUCAGCUCUAAGGGGGUAUCAUCAAUGUAGGAAGUGCAGGUAAGCUUUUGUUUUCUAAUGAAUAGUAUAUUGAUUUUUUUUCACUGAGCAUUACAACACGUCAGUUCAGGAAAGAUGAUUACCUUCUUGUAUCAUUUGCUAACUGAACGGAAAGGAGAAAGGUAAAAAAUGCCAGUACAACUAUGCUCUGUAUUAUUACAAGAAGCAGAGGAAAGCCCUCUGUCAGAUCACAGAGAAGCAGAGUAUUCUACUUGGACAGUAUCAAAGUUGAUGAUUUUUGUCAUAAUGAUAAAAUUCCUCAGUGUUCACAUAGUCAAGUUUCCAUAUCUUCACCAAGAACUGCAGCUUGGAUAUGACUUCAUAAGGGUCACAGCUUUUGAGACUAUGACUGUAAGCUAAGUGCUCAAGUGCUUCCAUCCAGGAGACUUCUGUGCUGGGGAUACUACCUUAUCCUGCUGCCAUGCUGUAAAAUUAGCUACAGAAGUGGCGUGUUCAAUACCAGUUGCAGCACACAUAUUUCUACCACAACCUCCCAGCUUUUUCUGCCUGGUCUUAUCUCCGUCAGAUCAUACCUUUCUAAGUGUUGAGUGAAUUUAUUUUGUUUCCUUCAUCAAUGGGCAAAACAAAAUACUUGCUUUUCAAAAGGGACUAGUCUAAGAUAAGGAGUAGGGGUGACCUAAGGUGUAACAUUAGCUGCUUGGGGAAAUUCUGAUUGUCAAGUAGUCCCAUCUAUCACUGAAGAGUGCAGGAAUUAUCUUGCCCUGAAGGCAAGGCUUCUUUUCACAAAGUCAGCAUUUUGAGAAUCACACACACAAUUGUUUUUGUAUAUUAUUUAUGUUGUACAGUUGCAUUGCUGUUUUUGCAUCUCCCGGUUGACCAAGUGAUUUAAAGUGUAUGUACUGAGUUAAUGAAAAUCUGUUUCAUCAGAACCCAUUGUGAUAUAUAUA